AUGGCGUACAACGUCCUUCUCCUCGUGUACGUCAUCCUGCAGUUCAUCGCGUUCCUCUUGGUGCUGGUGGCCACGCCCAUGGAGAUGUUCCGUCAAAAAGACGUUUCUCCGGAUGGCAGCUUUUUUUGCUACACGUUGUGGGGCUUUAAAUUCAACUGCCGUUCUCUUGAUUAUGAUGUCCCAAUACAUGAGGUAUUCACGAACUGUCCUGUCUUACUCCACCGCUUCCGCGCUGCACAGGCGUUCGCCAUCAUCUCCAUCUUCGUGUACGGCGCGGCGUUCAUCCUGGGCUUGAUAUUGCUGUUCUGCUCCCCCUCCCUCCGCAUGGUCUGCCUGGCGCUGAACAUCGUUGGCAUUGCCACCUUGUGCGUUGUGUGGGCGGCCAUGGCAGUGACGUACAACACCUAUGAUGGCCCACAGUGCUUACGUGUAAACAUAUUUCUCAAAUAUGGUGCCGGCUUUGUUCUCUUUGUGAUUGCGUGGAUACUGGAUAUCAUCAACACGGUGAUCCUGCUGCUCCCGUGCACAGUCACGGACAGUGACGAGGAUAAGCACAAGCAACCGGCAGCGGGAGAGUAG